CGCAAGGAUGUGCCUGUUCCUGGCAGCCCUGCUGGCGCUGUACAUCCUGCGCCGAUGGCACCGGGAGCGGCAGGUGGUCGGGAACCUCCCGGACAAACACGUCUUCAUCACGGGCUGCGACUCCGGCUUCGGGCACCUGCUGGCCAAGCAGCUGGACGGGCGGGGGCUGCGGGUGCUGGCGGCGUGUCUGACGGAGCAGGGGGCCGAGCGGCUGCGGCAGGCGAUGUCGGGGAGGCUGCAGACAGUGAUUCUGGACGUCACCUGCUCCGACAGCAUCGCUGCGGCCACUGCCUGGGUGGAGGGGCAGGUGGGGGACCGAGGUGAGGCCUGGCGCUGCCCUCUGCUCCUGUGUGGGUUGGUUCUGGGCUGGUUCCCAUGCAGUUGAGCCCUGAUCAUGCCCAGUGCCUCCUUGAACAUAAGAACCCGAGACGUCCACGUGGCACUGCCCAGAGGUCCCCGCAGUCCAGACUCCAGUCUCUCAGGGGCCAAAGGCAGAUCCUAAAGCAGGGGGCAGGUUGCGAGAGAAACCCUAUUCACUCCCAGUCCUUG